AUGUCUGACGCCAGAACAAGAAGGAGACUCCACAUCGGCAAUAUCUCGCCGCAGCUCGCGGAGAAAGAGGCCAUGUUGACCACUCGUCUACUGAAAUUCGGCGACAUCGUCAAGCCUUUGGAGCUCCACACAAAGCCAGUCAAUGACUUCUUCUUUGCAUUUGCUGACAUGGACUUGACAGAUAAAGAGUUCGAAAAACUCAAGGCUGCAUUCCACGGAAUCACGUUCAUGGGCAGAAAACUCACCAUUGCCGUCGCCAAGCCGGCGUUUGAGGUGGCCCUACAGAAGGACCUCCAUCGGCCAGAAACAGGAAAGAAAGUUCUAGCGAAGCAUGAGGGGAUUGCGCGUGCGAGAGAGCUUCGAAUUGCCGAGACUGACACCUCUUUUGGCUCGAACUCUCACUCUCGUGGCCCACUUUACAAAACGUCGCUCAUUGGCGCCAACAAUUCAUCCAUGGGCUAUCGCAUUUCGGCCCACACAACCAACAACUUGAGCGGCAACACCAAAAACGAUGCGCCCUCGCAAUCUCUCGUAGGCAUGAAGUCGUAUGGAAGCACAUUGAUACCGAAAGGGCCGUUCAGACAACAAUACGCACAUCUCUCAGGAGGAGGAGAAGUUGUGAAGGGCCGUCUCCGGAAGACUGUUCGUCCAGCUGCCUACUUUGCAAGAAAGGAACAAUCUCUACGGAUUUUGGUCAACGGCGAGUUGAAGAGCUAUAAGUUUCACAAAACGAAGUUGUGGGGAGUGGAAAAGAACAAGACUGCGAGAGAUCUCACAUUUGAGUACGAAGACGGAACAUGGAAAAGUGGUGAUGGACAUGCGGUGGAGCGUGUUGAGGUCAAAAGAGCUAGGGUCGAGAGCCUUGGUCCAACCCGAUGUGCCAUAUCCGGUGCUGAUGCAGUGAACUACGGAGCUGAAAGCAUUGCAACAACUGCGGAAGUUGCCGAGAGCAGUGAUACUACUAGUACUGAGCAAUCGAAGAACAAAACUGUUCUCGCAAAAUUAUUCAAUACGUUUGACUUUGACAAGAAAGUCGACGUGGAGGAGGCCCUGGAAGACGAAGAGGAUGUAUCUUAUGACUCGAAGGGUAGAAAAACUGUCAAGCGCUUCGAUUUCGAGACUCAAGGCACAGCUGUCAAUGUUGAUAGUGAUGAAGAGCCGGUUGGGGAGGCAGGAAUGGAAUUGGUGGACUCUUACAAAACGUCGCACGAACGUCCUUCCGAAUUCACAUACUACUCAGAGGAUGACGAGGGCAACGACAUGGAUGUGGACGAAUUGGCUCAACAUUACACUACAGAAUCUAUAAAGGCGCAAUAUGAUGGCGAACAUCAAGAUGCCGAGAGUCCAGAGAAGAACACCAAAGAAAGUGAAGGUGAAUCUUCUCUGUCAAACUCACAGUAUGAGAGCGCUACCUCAAACGCUCAGGUUGAAGAAGAGGAAAACAAAUCUGCAGAUAGUGAGCUGGGCGAGGAAGAAGAAGAAAGCAAAUCUGAAGAUAGUGAGCUGGACGAGGAAGAAGAAGAGAACAAAUCUGAAGAUAGUGAGCUGGACGAGGAAGAAGAAGAAAACAAAUCUGAAGAUAGUGAGCUUGAUGAGAAAGAAAGUGAUAGCGAGGAAGAGGAUCUUAUUCCUACUUUUGGCCCAGCGCCCACAAGCACAACUGAAAACUUGCGUUCUUUGUUCAGCAAAGACACAGAAGAGAAGGAGGGUUUAGCUAUCGAAUUGGAUGAGGAAGAUGUUGAUCAAGAAAGAUUGGAUGAAGAAGAAGAAGAGCGGAUCAAAUUGCAAACUCAAAUCGAGGUCAAGAAAAAGGAGUAUCAAAGUGCCUUACAGACCGCUCAACUCAAACAAAAGAAAGACAUGGGAUUGUUCUGGACACAUUUGGACUCACCAUUCUUGCAACAGCAAACCCAGCUUUCCAAGCUCGGAUCCGUUGACGAGAGGGUAGUUUUGCCGGGAGAGGGAGCAGAGGAAAUCGGAAAGUAUGACAAGGGCGAAAACAACGAUGACUACGAGGCAUGGUUUUGGGCCAAGAGAUCGGACGCGAACAAAUUCUGCAAACAGCGCAAGAAGGAUUUGACCCGGAAAACAAAUUCAAGAAAAGCGUUUAUCUAA